CCCCGCCCCUACGGACGCAUGCUUGGAAGACAUGCGCUUUGCGGCAAAGUCCUCCUUUUCUCCACACACGCUUCUAAGCCUCGGCACAUCUCCUCACAUCGCUACUAACUACACUUUAUUCAUCCUCCGUGUCAGGGUAAACUCCACUCGUCUCAGCCAAAUUUGGAGAUUAUUAGGCCCGUUUAGCUUGAUAGUUGUUUGAGCGCGCCAAUUAGCUUAGCAUGCUAGUUAGCUUAGCUUGUUAGCCGCUAACAAAGAGACGCGGAUUUGAUCAACACAUCGCUUAGUUAAGCUCAAGUGUGAGUGUAAAGUGUUGUGAUUGUGUGAAAAUGUGCGAAAGAACGAUAGCAAAGUAUGAGGAAGAACUUUGUUGUGUGAAAAUGUGUGAAAGAACGAUAGCAGAGUACAAAGAGGAACUUUCUCGUACAAAAGAAGAGAACGAGAGACUACGUCAACUAUUGGAGGCUGUUUUCAAGAAACCUCAAGUUGUGUUACACAGAACAGACCUCAAUAAAGAACAUCUUCCUCAUGAGCAGGAAGAAGAGCCACAGCCCCACCACAUUAAAGAGGAAAAAGAGGUACCACAUUCCCAACACAUUAAAGACGGAGGAGAGGACCCACAGCCCCCCCACAAUAAAGCGAAACAUGAGACGCCACAGACCCAUAAUGUUAAACUGACCCUUCACAAUAAAAGGCAAGCGGAGGACCCACUGAUCUUACACAUCAAAAAUGAAGAGGAGGACCCACUGACCCCUCACUUUAAGGAGCAAGAGAACCUGCUGACCCCUCACAUUAAAAAGGAAGAGGAGGACCCACUGACACCCUACUUUAAAGAGGAAGAGGAGGACCAAGAGCCGCCGCACAUUAGAGAGGAAGAGGAGGAAGAGGGCAUCAGUCAGCCUAAAUGGUUGGAGGAGUUCCCAGUGACUGGUGUCCCUGUGAAGAGUGAAGAUGAUGAGGUGAAAGGUGAAAGUGAGGAGAGGGGAGGGGGGGAGCCUCCAAGCAGCAGCUCAACACAACACAUGACAACAGAAGCUGAUGGAGACCACUGUGGAGGAUCACAAGCAGACAAGCUCUUAGCUCCACUAUCAGAUAGUGAGGACACAACGUCACACUCUCCUGACACUGAUGAUGAAGACUCUAAAGAUGAUAAGACAUGUCACACUGACAACACUCACUUCACAUCUUCUCACUCUCACAAAACUUUUAAAUACCAUUGUAGUCUGAAAAGACACAUGAGAACACACACUGGAGAAAAACCUUUUUCUUGCUCAGAAUGUAGUAAAGGUUUUACACGAAGUCAACAUUUGAAAGUACACAUGAGAACACACACCAGUGAAAAACCUUUUUCUUGUUCAACCUGUGGUAAAGGUUUUACACAAAGUCAACAUUUGAAAGUACACAUGAGAACACACACUGGUGAAAAACCUUUUUCCUGUUCAAUCUGUAGUAAAGGUUUUACACGAAGUCAGAGUUUGAAAGAACACAUGAGAACACACACUGGUGAAAAACCUUUUUCCUGUUCAAACUGUGGUAGAGGUUUUACACGAAGUCAGAGUUUGAAAGAACACAUGAGAAUACACACUGGUGAAAAACCUUUUUCCUGUUCAAUCUGUGGUAAAGGUUUUACACAUACUAACAAAUGGAAAAGACACAUGAGAAUACACACUGAGGAAAAACCUUUUUCCUGUUCAACCUGUGGUAAAGGUUUUACACGAAGUCAGGGUUUGAAAGAACACAUGAGAAUACACACUGGUGAAAAACCUUUUUCCUGUUCAACCUGUGGUAGAGGUUUUACACGAAGUCAGAGUUUGAAAGAACACAUGAGAAUACACACUGGUGAAAAACCUUUUUCCUGUUCAAUCUGUAGUAAAGGUUUUACACGAAGUCAGAGUUUGAAAGAACACAUGAGAACACACACUGGUGAAAAACCUUUUUCCUGUUCAAACUGUGGUAGAGGUUUUACACGAAGUCAGAGUUUGAAAGAACACAUGAGAAUACACACUGGUGAAAAACCUUUUUCCUGUUCAAUCUGUGGUAAAGGUUUUACACAUACUAACAAAUGGAAAAGACACAUGAGAAUACACACUGAGGAAAAACCUUUUUCCUGUUCAACCUGUGGUAAAGGUUUUACACGAAGUCAGGGUUUGAAAGAACACAUGAGAAUACACACUGGUGAAAAACCUUUUUCCUGUUCAACCUGUGGUAAAGGUUUUACAGUAGGUCAGAGUUUGAAAGUACACAUGAGAACACACACUGGUGAAAAACCUUUUUCCUGUUCAACCUGUGGUAAAGGUUUUACACACAGUAGCAAAUUGAAAAGACACAUGAGAAUACACACUGGUGAAAAACCUUUUUCCUGUUCAAUCUGUAGUAAAGGUUUUACACGAAGUCAGAGUUUGAAAGAACACAUGAGAACACACACUGGUGAAAAACCUUUUUCCUGUUCAAACUGUGGUAGAGGUUUUACACGAAGUCAGAGUUUGAAAGAACACAUGAGAAUACACACUGGUGAAAAACCUUUUUCCUGUUCAAUCUGUGGUAAAGGUUUUACACAUACUAACAAAUGGAAAAGACACAUGAGAAUACACACUGAGGAAAAACCUUUUUCCUGUUCAACCUGUGGUAAAGGUUUUACAGAAAGUCAGAGUUUGAAAGUACACAUGAGAACACACACUGGUGAAACACCUUUUUCCUGUUCAACCUGUGGUAAAGGUUUUACAGUAGGUCAGAGUUUGAAAGUACACAUGAGAACACACACUGGUGAAAAACCUUUUUCCUGUUCAACCUGUGGUAAAGGUUUUAGACACAGUCAGAGUUUGAAAGUACACAUGAGAACACACACUGGUGAAAAAUCACAUUCCUGUUCAAUCUGCAACAGAAGCUUUUGUGAGCGAUCAACCCUUGUAAGACACAUGAGAAAACACCCAGGAGAGAAAGUGUUGAGUUGCAGUGUGUGUGGUGAAAGAUUGUCUUCUAAGUACCAGAAAUCAAAUGUGAGUGUAAAGUGUUGUGAUUGUGUGAAAAUGUGCGAAAGAACGGGAGCAAAGUGUGAGGAGGAACUUUCCAAAAGAAAAGAGGAGGACAAUCAGCUACUGGACGCUGUUUUCAAGAAACAUCAAGUUGUGUUACACAUAAAAGACGUCCAGCAGGUGUCAGCAGAGAGUCAAGAAGAGAUUCCCUCUAAGCAGCAGGAGUGGAGCUCCAGUGUGGGACAGAAGGAGCUAGAGGCCCCCUCCCACAUUAAAGAAGAAGAGGAGGAACUGUGGAAGCAGCUUCAAAGGUUGGUGGAGGAUAAUGAUGAAGCUGAAGCUCAGUCCUUACAGCUUCAUCACAGUCAAAGUGAGGAGAACAGAGGGGCGGAGCUUGUAAGUCAACACAUCACAGAAGCUGAUGGAGAGCAUUGUGAAGAUAUAAAGUCAGAACCAGACAGCAUCUUUGCUCCACUGUCAGACAUGGACCACAUGAUGUCACACUCUUCUGAUCACAGUGACCACAUCCAAAAACCUUUGAAGAGUAAAAAUGACUCUAAAGGUGAUACGAGACAUCACACUAACAACAAACACUUUGACUGCUCUGAAUGUGGGAAAUCAUUUAGACUGAAGACUGAUUUUACAAGACACAUGAGAAUACAUACUGGAGAGAAACCUUUUACUUCCUCUGUUUGUAAGAAGAGUUUCUCCAUUAAGCCUGCCAUGACCAGACACAUGAGAACACACACUGGAGAGAAACCUUUUACUUCCUCUGUUUGUAAGAAGAGUUUCUCCGUUAAGCCUGCCAUGACCAGACACAUGAGAACACACACUGGAGAGAAACCGUUUACUUGCUCUGUUUGUAAGAAGAGUUUCUCCAGAAAGUCUAACAUGUCCUCACACAUGAGAACACACACUGGAGGGAAACCUUUUACUUGCCCUGUUUGUAAGAAGCAUUUCUCCACAAAGCCUAACAUGUCCGCACACAUGAGAACACACACUGGAGAGAAACCAUUUAGUUGCACUGUGUGUGAUAAGAUGUUCUGGCAUAAGUAUCAGGUCAGUAAACACAAGUGUGUAACAGUCAUGGAAGCUGCAGGGAUUUAAAAACACUUAGUGAUUGUGCUAAAUGUACUUUAAAAACACAGCAUGUAUAAUAUGAAUGUAUAUUUGAUGUUGUAUGUAGUGCCUCUCAUCUUCUACUGUUAAAUUUAAAGGCCUACUGAAAGCCACUACUACCGACCACGCAGUCUGAUAGUUUAUAUAUCAAUGAUGAAAUAUUAACAUUGCAACACACCAAUACGGCCUUUUUAGUUUACUAAAUUGCAAUUUUAAAGGAGAACAUUAUCACCAGACAUAUGUAAGAGUCAAUAUAUAUCUUGAUAUUGCAGAAAAAAGCCCAUAUGUUUUUUUAACGGAUUUCGGAACUCUAAAAGGGUGAAUUUGGCGAUUUAAACGCCUUUCAAUUGUUCGCUGUCGGAGCAAUGACCUUUCACCUGUGACGUUACAACGGGAAGCAAUCCACUAUUUUCUCAAACACAUUACACACACAAGUCAAAUCAGCUCUGUUAUUUUUUGUUUUUUUACUACUGUUUUCCGUCCCUUGGAGACAUCAUGCCUCGUCGGUGUGUUGUCGGAGGGUGUAACAACACGAUCAGGGACGGAUUCAAGUUGACUUACGUGGCGUGUGCAUCGAUUAGCAUGGCAUGCUAAUCGAUGCUAACAUGCUAUUUAGGCUAGCUGUAUGUACAUAUUGCAUCGUUAUGCCUCAUUUGUAACUAUAUUUGCAUCCAGCCUUUCCCUCCACCCACAUUUAAUGUCAAACAAACACAUACCAAUCGACGGAUUCAAGUACACCAAAGGUCAAAAGAUGCGAAAGUCCCUUGUUUGUUCUGCACACCUUACCGACGACAGCUAUGCUACGACAGAUGGCACAGAGAUGUGUGGAUAUCCUGCGACACUCAAAGUAGAUGCAUUUCCAAUGAUAAAGUCUACGAAAUCCCAAAGGUGAGUUUUGUUGAUGUUAUUGACUUAUGUGCUAAUCAGACAUAUUUGGUCACGGCAUGACUGCCAGCUAAUUGAUGCUAACAUGCUAUUUAGGCUAGCUGUAUGUACAUUUGUAGCUAUAUUUGCCUGCAGCCUUUCCCUCCACCCACAUUUAAUGCCAAACAAACACUUACCAAUCGACGGAUUUAAGUUGCUCCAGUGGUCAAAAGAUGCAAUCGUCGGUUAGAAGGUGAUAGCCGAAUAGCUUCAAUAGCUAUUCACUCAAAAGCUUCAGUUUCUUCUUCAAUUUUGCUUUCGCUAUCUGCCUCCACACUCCAACCCUCCGUUUCAAUACAUGCGUAAUCUGUUGAAUCGCUUAAGCCGCUGAAAUCCGAAUCUGAAUCCGAGCUAAUGUCGCUAUAUCUUGCUGGUCUGUCCGCCAUGUUUGAUUGUAUUGGCAUCACUAUGUGACGUCACAGGAAAAUGGACGGUGGAUUUACAGAAAGCGAAAAUCAGGCACUUUUAAGCCUUUUUUCGGGACAUUCCAUGAUUGGAAAAAUUUUGAAAAAAACUUUGAAAAAUAAAAUAAGCCACUGGGAACUGAUUUUUGUUGGUUUUAACUCUUCUGAAAUUGUGAUAAUGUUACCCUUUUAUAUGAAUGUAUAUUUGAUGAUGUAUGUAGUGCUUCUCAUCUUCUACUGUUAUAUGUUGUCUUGGAGUUUUUAAGUUGUGUGCAUGUAUUGAAUAUCAUAUAUGUAGCUACUAAUUUAUUUGAUUUUCUCAUUGUCAUCUUUAUUUCACAAAAUGUGGACUCUAGUAGAUUAGCAGCAUUGUUACAUCAUGGAUGUUAACUACAGCAAAACAUCAACAAAGAAGAAAAAGGUUAGCAACACAUCACAGAACUUUAGAGUCACCGUGACUGGAGUUGCUUGUUUUUAUUGCUGCAUUUGUACUUAUUUCACCUCACAUCUUCACUUUCAACCCUAAAGUCUUCUUCAAAUAUAUUGUUGUAUGCUUCUAAGAUUGAUGUUUACUUUGUGUGUGUAGUCUGUGGAAAGGGUUGUUGUCCCUUGUGGAUCCAUUUGUUCACCUGAACAGAUACAACAACAUCAUCAUCAUCAUCAUUAUCAAAAUACAGAUUUAAGCACUGUAUUUGAGUGCCUCUUGUAGUACUCCAACUCGCCACACUGAGAAGUGGGGGCGAUCGUGAGCUAGCAGAUGCAUGUUGCUAUCAUGUUUUAUCAGCGAGGAAGACAGCAUUUGUGUUUACUUUUUUGUCAGAUUCAAGUUGUAUUGCUCUGCUGAAUAAAUGAAUCACUAUGGCUGCCAAUAUGGAGGAUUAUAUAUAUAUAUAUAUAUUUAUAUUUAUAUUUAAAGGCCUACUGAAAUGAGAUUUUCUUAUCUAAACGAUGUGUCAUACUUGAUCAUUUCGCUAUAUUGCCAUAUUUUUGCUGAAAGGAUUUAGUAGAGAACAUCCACGAUAAAGUUCGCAACUUUUGCUUGCUAAGAGAAAAGCCUUGCCACUACCGGAAGUCGCAGACGAUGACGUCACAUGUUGAUGGCUCCUCACAUCCUCACAUUGAUUUUAAUGGGAGCCUCCAACAAAAACAGCUAUUCGGACCGAGAAAAUUAAAAUUUCCCCAUUAAUUUGAGCGAGGAUGAAAGAUUCGUGUUUGAGUAUAUUGAUAACCAAGGACAAGAAAAAAAAAAUAAGUUAAAAAAAAUGCGAUGCAUUGGGACGGAUUCAGAUGUUUUUAAACACAUGGACUUGGAUAAUUCUGGGAAAUCCCUUAUCUUUCUAUUGUGUUGCUAGUGUUUUAUUGAGUUUAACAGUACCUGAUAGUCGGAUGUGUGUGUUCACGGGUGUCUUGACGCCAGUGUCUCAGGGAAGUCGACGGCUGCCUAAUGGGCGGCACAAGCUGACCUAAGAAGUGACUUUUUACCACAAUUUCUCACCGAAACCUGCUGGUUGACAUUCGUUUGGGAUCCAUGUUCGCUGUGAUCCAUAAUAAAGUUUCACCUCUGUGAAUUUUAAACAAGGAAUCACCGUGUGUUUGUGUGGCUAAAGGCUAAAGUUUCCCAACUCCAUCUUUCUACUGUGACUUCUGCAAUAUUAAUUGAACAAAUUGCAAAAGAUUCAGCAACACAGAUCUCCAAAAUACUGUGUAAUUAUGCGAUUAAAGCAGACGACUUUUAGCUGUGUGUGUGUGCAGCGCUCAUAUUUCCUAACAGCCUGUGACGUCAAGCGCACACGUCAUCAUUACGCGACGUUAUCAAGAAAAAACUCCCGGGAAAUUUAAAAUUGCAAUUUAGUAAACUAAAAAGGCCGUAUUGGCAUGUGUUGCAAUGUUAAUAUUUCAUCAUUGAUAUAUAAACUAUCAGACUGCGUGGUGGCUAGUAGUGGCUUUCAGUAGGUCUUUAGGUCGGGGUCUGAUCAUGACUAGUCAUAAAUAUCGACACCAACAUCGCCCCCUUGUGGUGGAAAAUUAUAACAGUCAUAACUUCCUUCCUCAUUCUCCAAUCUUCCUGAUUUGUUUAUUUAUGGUGGGUCGAGAUCAUCGUCAUUCUACAUCCUGUACACAAAUUCAAAAUGACAUUUUUCAUACUCAGCACAUUUUCUAACAUAAUCUUGUUAAUAUGCUCAAUAAGGUUCUAUUCAAAUGUAAUACAAGUAAUACGUAAGACUUUAUUUGCACACUUAAGGAGAUAAGUUUCCAGGUAAAAAGGAUUGUUUAUCAAUUUAUUUUCCAUGAAUUAAUUUAGAUCCAGAACACACAUUGUUAUAUAUCUUAUUAUAAUGAUUAUUAUAAUUGAAUGUAAGUUUGUGUAAAAUAUUUUCACAACAAAGUGUGAAUACAUGUUGUAAUGUGUGGGGUUGAGUUAUAAUUGAUAUAAUACAAUUAGGUAUGGCAAAUGCAUUUUGUUUACUUGCCAACUAUUCAAAUUAUAUUUAAUAUACAUGUUUAUAUAAUGUCAUGUAAUAUGACUUCAACAUUAUUUUUGUUAAUAUAAGAGUUUAUUUGCUAACCAGUUCUACUUCUGAGUAUGUAUUUUAUUUUGUUAUUGAACAAUUAAACACACAUAAACAAUGUUUAGACACAUUAAGGUACUUUCAAUACAAUAUGAGUGUCAGGCCUUGACAUGGAUUGAGUGUGCUCCUUCGACGCAGCGGGAUUACAGGACGAGCCAGGCGUGAAUUCAGGUACAUGUUUUUAUUUGAACACUAAGCAAAAAUAAUCAAACUAAGGGUGCUCACAAAGAGGAAGAAACUUGGCUAAACAGUACAAACGUGAAACAAAAACACCUGCUCAAGGGCAUGAAAGAAAAUUUAACUAUAAACAUAAACAGCACGAUGGCAAGACUAAAGACAUGAAACAAAAGAGUGCACUGUGGCAUAAAUAUAUAAACUUACUCGGCAUGGAACUGUGGACAGGGCGUAAAGGUUUGGACAGCAUGGGUAGGGUGCGUGUGAGUGUGAAGAUCCCAGGACGAAGACAAGAAAAAGAGUGACUUAAAUAGCUGUGACUAUUAGUGAAAACAGGAGUGAGGCUGAGAACAGGGAUGUGACAGGUGAAAACUCAUGAGGUUGGCAUGGAAACAAACAAAACCAGGAAGUGCAAAACGUGACUGAUUGUCCAAAAUCAAAAACAUAACAUGACAAAACAAAACAUGAUCCAUAGGUGUGACAAUGAGUCAAUAUUUUUUCAAUAUUUUACUCAGCAAUAUAAAAAAAACAUCACAUUAAAUCCAAUCCUCUUACAAACAAAACCCGUUAAAGAAAGUAAAAGUAAAUAUGAGAGACCCUUCGAAUAAGAUUACAAUAAAAUAUAUAUAAAUAAAUGAUAAACAUAAAUCAUUUCAGUAAAUAUAAUAAGGUCUUUUUUUAUUUUUUACAAUCUUCCUAGAUUGAAUUAAUAAAUUCAAAUCAUUAGCACAAUGUUAGAAUUUGGAUUUCACUUCAAGAAAGACACUUUUGUUUAUGAGAGCAAAUGUUUCACACUUUUUAAAAAUGGAUAUAAAUUCACGACACGAUCGAUCCGCGCAUGCGUGAAGAGUACGUCACUUCCUGGACUUACAAUUGGUUUUAUGUCAGAGUUCGUGUGAAAUCACGUUCUGUGAUGUUUGAAUGUUUUAUUAAUGUUUUGUAGGAAAAUAGAUUAUCUAGGAGUAAAAAGGAACAACAAUAAAAACAUGUGGUAUCAGGCAGUAAUAUCGCUACAAUUUCUAGCACUUUCACUCUUGUCAUUGCAAUGAAUGUCGCACGGGGGCGCCACUGAACCCCAACAUUAAAGCUUUGUUUGAUACACUUUGAAUUUAUUUUUGAAAAACAAGACACUCUUUUAUGUCACAUUGUUGUUCAAAUACAUAUUACAGGUUAUAAAAGCAUGGUAACAGUGACAGCAGGCAAUAUCUUAUAUAGAGCUACCUCUUCGUCCGCUCGGCUGUGACGUCAUUCCCAGCUUCCGGGGAAAACGGAAAACAGCAGAAAAUCGUUAGAAGGCAGAACCUUUCUUUCCAAAGCAGAAAGUAUCUCCAGGCCUACGUAUGCAGCUAUUUACUAAUACUGGUUGACUUUAUUUGGAAAAACACAAUUCAUUAUAUAAAUAAAUCAGUUCUAAUGAACAAUUACAAUCAGGGUGGUCUAAACUUUCUUGACUUCACUACACUAAACAACACCUUUAAAAUUAAUUGGAUAAGACACUACCUGAAAGACCCUACCUCAAUUUGGAACUUUAUUUCUCAUCAUGUAUUCUCUAACCUUGGAGGCCUAACAUUUUUGCUAUUGUGUAAUUCUAACAUUGACAGGAUUCCUGUUGCACUCUCAAACUUCCACAAACAAGCCCUUCUAGCAUGCUCUCUUGUAUACAAGCACCACUUCUCACCUACCAAAUAUUUCAUCUGGAACAAUAAAGACAUAUGUUACAAAAGGAAAUCUCUUUUCCUCAACAAUUGGUUUAACAAUAACAUUAUUUUAGUGAGUCAGCUUUUCAAUAAGGAAGGUCAACUUUUUAAUUACCAAGAAUUUCUCAACCAAUUUAAGAUACCUGUGACUCCCAAACAAUUUGCUAUUGUAUUUGAUGCCAUUCCAACACCUGUUAUUAUGUUGUACAUUCCAACAC